AGAGAGAAACCUUACACAUGUGGCAGGCGUGCGACGCGCUAAGUUGUUGGGAACUAUUAAUCAAAUUUGUGUAUUAAUCAUUUUUUAAUAACGGAGUUCGGUAAUACAGCGAUGGAUCCUAAUUUAAAUGCCGAGAUUUACAGAAACAUGACUUCUGCCGAUAUACCGCCGAAUGUUGAUCGGCAUCUGCAGUUCAUUCUAGUUUCUGAUGGUAUUGGCGCAAUAUUAGGUGCGAGUAAUAUGACAGACCGUUAUUGGAAUGGGACUGUUUGGUAUUACAAGGAUCAUACCGACUUCAAUAGAGACAAAGCAACAACCGCUAUGAAAACUGAAAGUGGAGUAUGUGACGGUGCAUGCUUAAGUGGAACUAAUAAAUUUGUAAUCUGUGAAGACAGUGGAGUUCUUCAGAUUCUUAGUAUAAAUGAGAUGGCUGACACACACAACUAUGAGUUACAAUGUUUAGGAUAUUCAUUUGAGCAUGACGAUGCCAUCACAUCCGUAUCAGCCUUCGAUACAAACACUCGUCUAGUUACAGGAGGGAUGGAUUAUUGCGUAAAAGUUUGGGAUACGGUUGAGAUGUAUUCCAGUCAUACAUUCAGUCCGGCUCACACAGAUACAGUGACUUGCGUACAAGCGCAACCCAAAUCCAUAGAUAUCUUUGCAUCUAUUUCUCUUGAUCACGAUGCAUUACUGUGGGAUCUCCGACAACAAAAGCCAGCCAGCUGUAUAAUCAAAAAUGUCGAAUGUGGACUGACUGCAGCAGCCUGGAAUCCGAAAAAUGUACAUGAACUUGUGAUUGGAGAUGCAGAUGGUAGAAUUUUAGUGCUCGAUGUCAGGCAAUCAAGUAGUGAACCUGUUUUCCAAAACCCUCGAGCUUUUUCUAGAGGAGUUUACAGGCUUUUAUUCAAUCCAGCCAGAAAUGACCAAUUUGCUGGAUGCUGCGAUAGUACAGAGGUGAAGGUGUUCGAUACAAGCAACAACAUGGAAGUGAUAUACGAAAAUAAGAACCAUCGUGACUUUGUUCGUGGAUUGGCAUGGGACCAAAAUUGUCUACUAACAGCUUCCUGGGAUAACACUGUUCUGGAACAUGCGAUAUCUUCUUGAUGUUGAUUUGUACAUUAAAUUACUCAAUACAGAAUCGACAACUUUGCGAGUCAUUCGUUAUGUCGAGAUUUUGCCUCGUUAAUUGUCAUCUGAAUCAGUGCCCUAACAAUUUAAAGUUACUGUUUAUUUCAUACAUUUUUAAUAAAUGCUUACAACAUUGUA